GCCGCCAACUAGGUGUUGUGUGAUAUAAAACCUUAACACUUUAGAAUAUGCAAUCCAGUAUCACUGUGGAUGCGGAACCAGAAACAACAAGACUUUAAUAAUUAAAAUUAAAUUUGUGGAAUCGUUGCGUUUGAGAAAAUUAAAAUGAAAGCUUUUUGCCUGAUUUUAUUGUCCAGCUUGGCUCUGGUCUCAGCCUAUUCGGCAAGACCAAAAUAUUUUGAGGAUAUGGUUGAAGCUGCUAACAAAAAUUAUCAACGUCGUCAACGUUCUCCCUACAACAAUAAUGGUUUUGGUAACAACAAUGGUUUUGGCAACAACAACAACUACCAGACCAACAAUUACAAGACCUCUAGCUACUCCUCCAAUUCCGACAAGGAUGCCGAAAUUGUGCACAGUGAUAGUGACAUCAAAGCCGAUGGCAGUUAUUUCUACGAAUUCGAAACCACAAAUGGCAUUAAACAAGCCGAACAAGGUUCGGCCGAUGGUACCAAACAGGGUUCCAGUUCCUAUAUUUCACCCGAGGGUAUUGAAAUCAAGACCACCUAUGUAGCCGAUGAAACUGGUUAUCAUCCCGUUGGUGAUCAUAUUCCCAAGAUUCCGGACUACAUUUUACGUUCCCUGGAAUAUAUUCGUACCCAUCCUUAUGUUGAGAAGGACUACUAUACGGGUGAACUGAAACAGGCUUCAUUCAAUAAUUUCGAAAAAGUUCUGCCACCUCGUCAUCAACAACAAUAUCAAUCGAAUAAUAGAUAUAAUUUCUAAACUGGUUGUGCGUAGUCCAGUGAGUCUUGUAAAUAUUUGGCGAAGCCCUGUAAAUACUCAUAAUGCAAAGCAAAACGAGCGAUUAAUGUAAUUAUUUUAAUUUUUUUUAAUGUGCAAAAUAAUGUAAAUUUUUUAUGUCUGUUUCUUAAUAAAAAAUAAACAGUAUUUUGAAAAAAAAAAA